AUGGAGUUCGUUCUCCGGUGCAACGACCUGAAGUGUCGAAAGCGGUUGCACGAGCGUGCCGUAGUCACCACUUGCAGUCAUGUCUUCUGCAGCGAUUGCGCGGAUACCACUGGGUUGUCGAGGUCUACGAAUGCGCAUCGAACUUGUCCAGCAUGUAACGCAUCGCUGCACAACCCUGACGACGUAGUCGUUGCAGGCUUCAGCCCAUCGGAAGACUACAAGACGUCAGUACUCAGUGGCCUGAGUCCGACGAUCAUCAUGGAAUGUGCGAGCCGCGCUUUGGCUUUCCAUAGCUAUCAGACAUCGCAAGAAAUCAUAUAUCAAGAGCAUCUCGCGAAGGGCUUGACUGACAAGUACGAUACGCUCAGCCAACAGAUGGAUCAGCUCAUCCAUGAUGCAAAUGCGCAGAUCAAGGCAUUACAGGACAAGAUGCAGGCUAUGCAGGCCGAACAAGAGGCUCUCGAAACCAAGAACUUUGAACUUGCGAAAGCUUAUAAAGAAAAGACCAUAGCGCAUCAACGAGUCCAGAAUCACUACCAAGCACUGAAAGGGCAGGUCAACUUGACCCACGUAGCCCGGGCCGCUGGUAACGAAGCCGCGCAUACGCUCCAGAAUGCUCGAGGAGAUCGUUUCAUUGACCGUCUUCCCGGCACACGGACGGGAACGGCCAACUAUAGUCAGAUGAACAUGUCCCACCAAGUUGGCGGCGGCAGGAUGCACAACAGAGAUUUCAGCAGGAGUUCUGAGAACAGUGGACGGCUUCAGCAGAGUAGUAUCCACAUCGGGGCCCCAUUGAAUCCAUCAUUGCAAAGACGGGUUCUAGGUGGCAGGAACAAUAUCGGUCAUUCUGCUCCAGUCGGGACGCCUUCACAAGCCCAUAGAAGUCAACUUCCGGUCCUUGGUGGUUCACGUCAGCCCCCAUGUUUGAGCCAAGAUAUCGAUUCCUCAUACCACAACUCGCCUGUCCCCAGACAGCCUGUUGCCAGUGGUCUUGGUCCUGGUCCGCGAGGCUUGGGCAACUUUUCGCUUGGAGCAACGUCAUCAAGGAGGGCUGGCGGUGCUAACAACAUUGGGCCGCUAGGACGCUAA